GUCCACACCAGCAGGUGGAGCCGCAGUGAAAGUUUCCCGUCCUUUCCGCGAGCGGGAGCCCAUCUUGCUCGCCGCCGCGGCCCUCGCUGGAGGAGGAGGGUCAGAGCUCGGGGGCAGCCAAUCGCGGGCAACGCUGCUAGUUACCGGAGCAGAAUGGGCUGUAGUUUAGUGAAAUAGGAAAGCUGCAAAACACAGUGGAGGAGUGCUGCCGUGUAAAUAAAAAGGGGGCAAAAAAAAAAAGUUUCUCAAGUCGCCGCUGCACGACGUCGGGCCGCGCCGGGGCGGGGGUCUGCGCUCUCCGAGCGGCCGCGCGCGGGACUCUGUGCUGCCGCCAGCCCCGGCCCCAUUGUUUGUGUUUUCUUCAAAAUAUGGCAAAGGUUCAGGUGAACAAUGUAGUGGUGCUGGAUAACCCGUCGCCUUUCUACAACCCGUUCCAGUUCGAGAUCACCUUCGAGUGCAUCGAGGACCUGUCUGAAGACUUGGAGUGGAAAAUUAUCUAUGUGGGCUCUGCAGAAAGUGAAGAAUACGAUCAAGUUUUAGACUCUGUUUUAGUGGGUCCCGUUCCUGCAGGAAGGCAUAUGUUUGUAUUUCAGGCUGAUGCACCGAAUGCAGGGCUCAUUCCAGAUGCCGACGCAGUGGGGGUAACAGUUGUGCUAAUUACUUGCACCUACCGAGGUCAAGAAUUUAUUAGAGUUGGCUACUAUGUAAAUAAUGAAUAUACUGAAACAGAAUUAAGGGAAAAUCCACCAGUAAAACCAGACUUUUCUAAGCUUCAAAGGAAUAUUUUGGCAUCUAAUCCCAGAGUCACAAGAUUCCACAUUAACUGGGAAGAUAACACAGAAAAACUGGAAGAUGCAGAGAGCAGUAACCCCAAUCUACAGUCCCUUCUUUCAACAGAUACAUUACCUUCAGCUUCAAAGGGAUGGUCCACAUCAGAAAACUCACUCAGUGUCAUGUUAGAACCACACAUGGACUGCCUGUGACCACGUGCCAUCCCAUUAGAACAGAUUAAGCUAUUAAAAACAGAACUAUUUCCCUGAAGUUCCGUAAGUACAUAGUUAACGUGAAAUGUGAAGAAUUUGUUUAAAAACAUCCUGUAGAAAGUUUAUAAGAAAACCAGUAUUUGAGCAAAUUGUGGAAUAUAAAUACAACUAUUUUUAAGUACUUUUUUUCUCUAAUGUGUUAUUUUAUUUGUUCAUGAAACUAAUCUGAUUAAAGCAUAUAUAUUA